AAGUUGGAACCUACUGGGACGGGUGUGUUUCACACAGAGCACACGUCUCUACGGUUGUAUAACUGCAUUUUUUUGUGUUGUCUAUCAAGACAAACCAUGACGCAGAUACUACUGUGCACACUGGUCUCCUGCCUCAUCACAACAGCACAGAGAGCGUCUGGACAGGAAGUCGACACCACGCAUGGCAAAGUUGUUGGUCUGAGAGCUUCCGUCCUUGGCAAGUCCAUCGACACGUACUAUGGUAUUCCUUAUGCUAAACCCCCCAUAGGUGAUCUUAGGUUCAAGUACCCACAACCAAUUGACCCUUGGCGACCGGAGGUCAAGGACGCACUUUCAAUGAAACCAUCGUGCCAUCAAACAGCUAAACCUGCAAACGGAAUGCCUUGGAGAGCAAUUCCACCCCUCUUCAGUGAGGAUUGUCUCUACAUCAAUGUAUGGGCGCCAGCUAAUGUCACAUCGAAUGCGAAACUCGCAACCCUGGUAUGGAUCUAUGGUGGAGGGUUUGUGACGGGAUCUAUUAACAGGCCUUUGUAUAAUGGUCAGUAUCUUGCUGCUGAAAGCAACGUCAUCGUGAUGUCCAUGAACUAUCGCCUGGGUGCUCAUGGCUUCUUAUAUCUUGGACCUGACACGUUUCCUGGUAACCAAGGUCUCAUGGACCAGGCUCUUGCCCUGCAGUGGAUACGGAACAAUGUUGAAAGAUUUGGCGGAGAUCCAAGCAUGAUCACCUUGUUUGGAGAAAGCGCGGGGGCAGCAUCGAUUGGGCUUCAUUUGUUAUCGCCCAUAUCACGCGACUUCUUCACGCGGGCCAUUCUUGAAAGUGGGUCCCCAGAUGCAACAUGGGCAUCGAUGGAACCAUCGAAGGCUAUCAGAAGCACCAGAAGACUUGCAGAGCUUUCGAGCUGUUCUGGAAAAUCCGAUGCUGACAUUUUCCAGUGUAUCAAAGACGUUCCUUCAGAAACGAUAUUACAAUAUCAGGCUCUCCUUCUUGGUGCAUUCAUUCCUGUCGUGGAUGGUCAUUUCUUACCAGACUCUCCAUCAUCUCUCGUAGAGAAAGGGCAAAUGAAACAAACGGAAAUUCUCUUGGGAGUUAACGAAAAUGAAGGCAGUCUAUUUCUCCCAGAAAUUAUGCCAACAUUAUUUCCUGUAUUUGCAAGUCAAAUAAAUGUCAAUAAAACACAGUUCCUAACCACUGUCAAAUCGAUUGCGGCCUUCAGUGGUCAAUCAUCAACCAUGGUCAAAGCAGUUAUGGCUCAAUAUGCUGAAGUCCAUGUCCCCUCACUACAUCCAGACUACGUGGAAACUGCCUGUAACGUGGUUGGAGACAGCUAUUUCGUAUGUCCAGCUGUCAAACUUGCGGCCUCUUAUUCUGUCAAACAAAACGCAUACUUGUAUUCCUUCAACUACCGGCUCUCCUCGUUACAACUACCGCUAUGGAUGGGAGUGCCUCAUUCGUUUGAGAUCGAGAUGGUAUUUGGGCACCCUAUCGGAGGUGCCAUUCCUGCAUCUGAGGGAGAUAUGUCAACAAGUCGGAAUGUCAUGACAUACUGGACAAACUUUGCUAAAACAGGCAACCCCAACCUGCCAGAAACACCCAGCUUCCAAUGGUCUGGAUACAACACGAUGGAUGAACGUUUCCUUGUCUUCUCUGCGUCAGGACAAUCCACAGACCAGGGCUUGAGAAAGCAGCAGUGUGUCUUCUGGAACAGUCUCGUACCACUGAUCCUUGAGAAGGAGGAAACAUCUACAGGCUCCGGCACAACAACUGAGAACGUUGUCUACAGAUGUCACACCAGUGGGAGCAGACUGUCAUUCACUGUGGACACGUGUCUAGUUGCUGUACUUGCAACUUUAGUAAGCCUUUGAACAUAGAGCGAUAUCCGCAAUGUAAUUAUUGAAAAAUCAAAUUGCGUUUGAUGUGUGUAACGGGUAGAUUUCGAUACGCCUUACACCCGUAUUGGUGCGACUGUACCGUCAAACUUAAAGGUAGGCAUCGUUCACUCAUUUCACAAACGGUUUGUGGACUUGUGUAUUGAAAUCACAUGGAAGUAGUACAAUGUUCACGCAAUAAUUAGUUUGUUCUGCUAGAAAAUUCCUGAAAUGUGCAGAAGGGGAAUUCCUCUAUGACGUAUUUACUCCACGUACCCCUUUAGGUCUUCCAGUCUUUAGCCUAACUCUAUGACGAUCUCUAAUACAUUCAGAAUCAAAUAACAGGAACAAACGAAUCGAAAGCCAUAUCUCCGUUUAUCGAUAAUUAUAUAUAACCAGUAUAAGGCUUAAAUAAACCAGUUUAAUGAAAUGGCGAGGUCUGUGUGCAUUAAGACACAUAUUGUUCAUUUAGGAUUGGUAACAGAAGAAACAUUGCAAACAUGCUUAUAUAAUUAAGCGUUAUAUUUUUAUUUACGUGUCUGAUUCACGUAGUAAUAUGAAUGCUGGAAUCUGAUAAUAUGUCACUAACUCUUACAUUGACAAAUUACAGAAAAUGUCGUCAUGUAUUGGAUGUCCUGGAUCAAUGAUUUGGCAGCAAAUAAACUAGGAUACCAGUUUCA